UUUGCAGGUAGCUGAAACUACUCCAGAUAUGAAUCAAAACCGAGUGAUUAAUGACCCCGUUUUACGACAAUAUCAAUUGGAAAAGUGCAGAGAAGAGUUAAGACUAUAUGAAGGGUACUGUCGAGCACGUCAACAAUUUGGUUAUCCUGUAGAGCUUCCUCAGUUUAAUGACUACGGUCAAGUAAUCAACUUGCCGCCAAACUUUCGAAGAGUACCUUUUUCUUCUCAACCUCAACAUGUUUCAAAUGCACAAAGUUUUCAUCAAUCACCAAAUAGCAACGAUUCGUUUUCUCUGUGCUACACCUUAUCAGAUGAUCGGAACUCGCCAGCUCGACAAGUUUUCGAACAGUUUCGAAACCAUCCAAUGAUCCCGAAAAAUAUGGCACCUAAACGAGUAGUUUUUGUGUACGAAAAACCAGAUGGAGGGGAGCAUUCGCAUACAUUUUUUCCGCACGCUCAUCAUAAUAUCGGAAAUCAACAAGGAACCCAAACACGUUCGGUCGAUGCAUCGGUCGGUGAUCACAGCGUCGUUCGGUACAACAUGGAAACUCAAACCGAAUGGGAAGAUAUCAAACAAGGGGCAACUGAUAACCAUGAAAUUCUGCAUAAUACGAUUAAACAGUCUGACACAAAGGCGCCGACGACAACACCAAAUUUGUUAAGUGAACCCGAGACACCAGAGUUCAACUUGGCAAUUUUAAAAGUUGCUAAAUGGCUGCAAAUGUCAAAAGAUAUCGGAGACGUUUUCACUGGAAAUGGACAAGCCCAGCGAUCAACUGGAUUGAAUUACAAACACAGAACUAUUCCAACCCAAGCCUGUUAUCAAGGUCCUCGCCCAAUUCCGGCUUACAAAAUCCCAUGCCAUGGCUCCCAAUCUAGCUGCAAUCUCCAAAAACUUGGCGUUCCAUUGACAAUCGCGAGAAGACACUCCACGGUAGACAUGAAAGUGGAGACAAAAACCAGAAGCAAUGGAGGCGGCGAUGACAACGAGACGACGGCGAGCAAUACUGGAGGAGACUCAGAGAAGCCGGUUGAAACGAACAAUGAGGCUAGCCAAUUGUCAGUUGCCGAGAACUGCUCACCGAGCAUUGAAGUCCAAGGAGACAUCAAGUCAGCGGUCUCACAUGCUGAUGUCGAUGAGAGCCAAACGAAAAGUGAAUCUGAGAACAAUCAAGAGUCAUCAUCAACGGAUCGGAUCAGCAAACUCUCGGAGUAAAAAUUCUGUUCACAAACAAAAAAUCCAUGUAAAAAUUUAUAAUCUGUUUCCAAAAGCCAACAUCUGUGUUUCAAUGGUUCAAAUCAAAAUUGUUUUAUUAUUUUUCAUCUUUCGUUUCCAAAAACAAUGAAAUAACAAAAAAAUAGUCAGAGAUUUACACGGUAUUACCACUUUCAUGAUAUUUCUAUUUUUCAUGUAGCUUUUUCUUCACUUUCUGAAUGUUCUUUCGAGCUUAAAAUUAAACCAUUGCUUUCAAGUAGUGAGAAUUAUGACCAGGGUCUUCUGAUUUCCCGUCAUCGUGUGGUGUUUCAAUACUUUCUUCCCUUUCUCUUGUCAGUGUUUUCCCAUUUCCGAGCUUAAUUUUCUCAAUAUAUUUAAAUAAAUUUUUAUUGUUGCCAGUU